AUCUUUAAAUUAAACUUUGAGCAAGACAGUCAACAAAUUUAUAUUGUUUCAGUGUUGGUUUUGGUUCUGCUUUAGUUGUUUGGCAAUUUGGCAACUAGGUAUAAUUUGAAAUACUAGGAGUGGUGGAAACAUCUGUACAGAGGAGACAACGUUUUGAUUUCAAUUUCUGAGCAGAAGAAGCUUGUCAUAUUGGUAUGAAAAGAUAUUAUGAGCACAGUUUGCUUACAUAUUGUGUUAAUAGGGUGGGGUUUUAUCUUUUUAAAUAUAAUCAGUUUUGAUCAAAUGUUUCUGAUUAUUAGCCCAGUAUAGUUAAAUUUGAAUCAUUUUGGACUUUUGCGUCCAGAAUAUUUUCUUGAUAGAAGCAUCAGCACUAAUUUUCAGAAAGUUUUGAGGUAAACAAUUGGUGAAUUGGUCAAUAUCUCAUGCAUCUUUAACAAAUAUGAUUAUAAUGCAUCUCAUUUUACUUGCUAGUGAGGAUCUAGUACAAGUGUUUGAAAUUGACAUAAACCUAUUAAAUUUCAUUGGCAUUACAUUACUAAUUUUAGUUUGGAAUCCACAGUAACUGCUGUGUUUAAAUUUUAAAAGUUGUUAUUGAAGCUGAAUUUCAUCUGUACAGGACUUCCUCAAAGUUCUGACCGAAUUUUAGUGAAGGUGUUUGCCUUGUUUUCUUGCCUGUUACAUUGUUUUGUUACUGACAGUUAUUACUAAUUUUUAAGCUGAUUUGUCAACAGUAUUUAUAAAACUCAAAAUUGUAUCUUGUGACAAAUGAGAUGAUUAGAGGAACAGAGCAAACUGAAGGUAAAGAAUCUCUUGCAUACCUAAAUUUAAAAGCAUUUGGUGCUAAAUUUUAUGCGCUGACAUUUGGCUUUACAACAGUUUUAUGCAAUCACUAUUUUAGUAUUUUUAUUCAAACUGUAAUGUUAUUUGACAUUAAUCAUAAUGUUCCAUUAUGUUGAUUGUAAUAGGAAGAAAAGGGGUGUCUUCCUGUGCAACUGACACAGCUAGGCUUUGACGGCAGGCCUCCACAAGUACUACGCUCUGCAAAUCUUGGAAAAUGUAAUAAAAACUAGAUGGAAGAUCCUCCCUAGAAAUCAAUGUGAAGGAAUUAAAAAGUAUGUUGUUGGAUUGAUUAUUAAGACUUCAUCUGAUCCUGUAAACAUUGAGAAGGAAAAAGUUUAUAUUGGGAAGCUAAAUAUGAUUCUGGUUCAGAUACUCAAACAAGAAUGGCCAAAGCACUGGCCCACAUUCAUCAGUGACAUCGUAGGCGCAAGUAGAACAAGUGAGAGUUUGUGUCAGAACAACAUGAUAAUUCUUAAAUUAUUAAGUGAGGAAGUAUUUGAUUUCUCCAGUGGUCAAAUGACCCAAGUGAAAGCAAAACACCUGAAGGACAGCAUGUGCAAUGAAUUCUCUCAGAUAUUCCAGCUGUGCCAAUUUGUCAUGGAAAACUCUCAAAAUGCACCUCUUGUUCAAGCAACCUUAGAAACAUUGCUGAGAUUCUUAAAUUGGAUUCCACUUGGAUAUAUCUUUGAAACUAAACUAAUUAGCACACUGAUAUACAAGUUUCUCAAUGUACCUAUGUUCAGAAAUGUGACUCUGAAGUGUCUGACAGAGAUAGCUGGAGUAAGCGUCAGCCAAUAUGAAGAACAGUUUGUUACUCUCUUCACGCUAACAAUGAUACAACUGAAACAGAUGCUUCCUUUAAAUACCAAUAUACGAGUGGCAUAUGCCAAUGGUAAAGAUGAUGAGCAGAACUUCAUCCAGAACUUGAGCCUCUUUCUUUGUACUUUCUUAAAAGAACAUGGGCAGCUUAUUGAAAAAAGAUUAAGUUUGAGGGAAGCCCUUAUGGAGGCUCUUCAUUAUAUGCUGCUGGUCUCUGAAGUGGAAGAAACAGAGAUUUUCAAAAUUUGUUUGGAGUAUUGGAAUCAUUUGGCUUCUGAGCUGUAUAGGGAAAGUCCCUUUUCAACAUCUGCAUCACCUGUGCUUUCUGGAAGUCAACAUUUUGACGUGCCUCCAAGACGACAACUUUAUUUGCCAGUAUUGUCCAAGGUGCGUCUUCUAAUGGUCAGUCGUAUGGCCAAACCAGAAGAAGUGCUAGUAGUGGAAAAUGACCAAGGAGAAGUUGUGCGUGAAUUCAUGAAGGAUACUGAUUCCAUUAACUUGUAUAAAAAUAUGAGGGAAACACUUGUGUACCUUACUCAUUUAGAUUAUGCUGAUACAGAGCGUAUUAUGACAGACAAACUUCACAACCAAGUGAAUGGUACUGAGUGGUCAUGGAAGAAUCUGAACACACUCUGUUGGGCUAUUGGUUCAAUUAGUGGUGCUAUGCAUGAGGAAGAUGAGAAGAGAUUUCUGGUAACUGUAAUCAAAGAUCUUUUGGGACUGUGUGAACAGAAGAGGGGUAAAGACAACAAAGCCAUUAUUGCUUCAAAUAUCAUGUAUAUUGUUGGACAGUACCCACGUUUCUUGAGAGCUCACUGGAAGUUUUUAAAGACGGUGGUUAAUAAACUCUUUGAAUUUAUGCAUGAAACUCAUGAUGGAGUUCAAGAUAUGGCAUGUGAUACUUUCAUUAAAAUUGCUCAAAAAUGUCGUCGACACUUUGUUCAGGUGCAAGUUGGAGAAGUGAUGCCAUUCAUUGAUGAGAUUCUGAAUAAUAUUAAUACAAUAAUUUGUGAUCUUCAGCCACAACAGGUUCACACUUUUUAUGAAGCUGUUGGUUAUAUGAUUGGUGCUCAGACAGAUCAGGCAGUGCAAGAGCAUUUAAUAGAAAAAUACAUGAUGCUGCCAAAUCAAGUCUGGGAUUCUAUAAUACAGCAAGCAACUAAAAAUGUUGACAUUCUUAAGGACCCUGAGACAGUGAAACAGCUUGGAAGUAUACUGAAAACUAAUGUUCGUGCGUGUAAAGCAGUUGGUCAUCCAUUUGUCAUUCAGCUUGGUCGAAUCUAUCUGGAUAUGCUGAAUGUGUACAAGUGCCUGAGUGAAAAUAUUUCAGCAGCAAUUCAAACAAAUGGUGAUAUGGUUACAAAACAGCCCUUAAUCAGAAGUAUGCGGACAGUUAAAAGGGAGACUCUGAAGCUUAUUUCCGGUUGGGUGAGCAGGUCCAAUGAUCCACAGAUGGUGGGUGAAAAUUUUGUUCCUCCAUUGCUGGAUGCAGUGCUUAUUGACUACCAAAGGAAUGUACCAGCUGCUAGAGAACCGGAAGUACUUAGCACCAUGGCAACUAUUGUAAACAAACUGGGUGGACAUAUCACGUCUGAAAUUCCUCAGAUAUUUGACGCUGUUUUUGAAUGCACUUUAAAUAUGAUUAAUAAGGACUUUGAAGAAUAUCCAGAACAUAGAACCAAUUUCUUCCUGCUCUUGCAAGCUGUAAAUUCGCAUUGUUUCCCAGCAUUCUUGGCUAUUCCUCCAGCACAAUUUAAGCUAGUUCUAGAUUCCAUAAUAUGGGCUUUUAAACAUACCAUGAGAAAUGUCGCUGAUACAGGUCUACAGAUUCUCUACACACUUCUACAAAAUGUUGCACAGGAAGAAGCAGCGGCACAAAGUUUCUAUCAGACAUAUUUUUGUGACGUCCUACAACAUAUAUUUUCUGUUGUCACAGAUACAUCUCAUACUGCUGGCUUGACAAUGCAUGCAUCAAUACUUGCAUACAUGUUCAACUUGGUGGAGGAAGGAAAAAUAUCAGUGCCCCUUAACCCAACAAAUCCUGUCACUAAUCAUGUAUUUAUUCAGGAUUAUGUGGCUAAUCUAUUGAAAUCUGCUUUUCCACACCUGCAAGAAGCACAGGUGAAGUUAUUCGUAACAGGACUAUUCAGUUUAAAUCAAGACAUUGCAGCCUUCAAAGAACAUCUGAGAGAUUUCCUUGUCCAAAUCAAGGAAUUUGCUGGAGAAGAUAGUGCUGACUUGUUCUUGGAAGAAAGAGAGGCUGCUUUACGCCAGGCCCAAGAAGAAAAACAUAAACUUCAAAUGUCUGUUCCUGGAAUUCUUAAUCCACAUGAAAUCCCUGAGGAAAUGUAUGAUUGAGAAAUAAGGAAUUAACCAAGUUGUGCUGUUUCUUCUGUUUAGCCACAUUAAUGUAGCUUUGCAGAAGGUAAUGCACAAGUGUCUUGACCAAAAAUGAUGCCAAUAUAUGUAUAUUAAAUCCUUUGUCACCUGAUAGCUCUUUAUACUUAGUAUGCAAUUUCUAUGGAAGUUUUCUCUUGUGUAAUACCUUUCCAUUGUUAUAAAUUCAAAGUUUUGUCAUCUUUGUUUAGAUUUGCAUGCAACUGUAUGAAUCAAAUCACUUUUUAAAAUGUGUCCCAUUUUAUGGUUUGGAUGGGUGUGGUGGUGGAGAGAGCUGAAAAGUAGGUUUUGGUUGUGCCUCUGUUUGCAAAGUGUACAGCAGAUGGAAAUUAUUUUCUGUAAUUUAUCACCAAUCUCUUAAUUUGGGUAUGUGUUACUUUGUUGUAGCAUAGCCUUUAUGCAAUCUAGAAAUGAAAGUGAUCUCUGGGUAGGUUUGGGGGUGGGGCAAGUGAAUUAUUCAAAGCAUAGUGUCAGGCAUGUCCCAGUGCUGCUUUUCAGUUGUAUCUAUGGAUAGUUGGACAAGUGGUAAUACUUGACUGAACUAAUGCAAUUCUAGCCAGAAAGGUUUGCGGCAAGAUCAUGUGCACAUCAUCCCAGUGUAAAGCAUCUUUAAUGACUUGGGAACACAGUACACUUGGUUAUUUUUUAUGAAUUUUUUUGUCUGUAUGUGCUGUCGCUUUGUCGACAACAGCUUUUUGUUUUCCUCAAUGAGGAGUGUUGCUCAUUUGUUGAGCCUUCAUUAAUUCUAAGUGAAAGUGGUUAAAUAUUUAUCGAGUUGGCAUAGGCUGCAUCUUUAUAAACAGCUCAUGAAAAUACUGAUGGCUUUUGAGAUUACUUGUACUAAUUUACAUUGUUUACCAUGCUGUAGUGCUUCAAGAACACUACUUAAGAGCAAAAUAAAUUUGGUUUACAUUUGAA